ACCCGGAAGUCAACGCGAAAGUAAAACGUAAACAUGGAGGAGCCGAGAGUCGCGGACAGUUCCAACUCUCUGCUCACCGAGGAGUGGUAUGUGGACUUUGUGGCAGAGGAGUUUGAUGUGAAGGCCUACACAGCUCAGGUCAUCCACCAGGCGGUCAUAAGUGAGCAGUUGGCCCGACUGGCUCAGGGCAUCAGCCAACUGGACAAGGAGCUGCACUGCCAGGUGGUGGCCCGACAUGAGGACCUGCUAGCUCAGGCCACAGGGAUCGAGUCUCUUGAAGGGGUCCUUCACAUGAUGCAGACCAGGAUCACUGCUCUGCAGGCUGCUGUAGACAGAAUAAGGAGCAAGAUUUUAGACCCAUACAACAAGAUAAUGACCCGGAUUACACAGCUCUCCAGACUCCAGAUGGCUUGUGAUUUGCUGCGUAGAAUCAUCCGUAUCCUGUACCUGAGUAAGAGGCUCCAGAACCAGCUCCAGGGGGGCAGCCGAGAGAUCAGCAAGGCUGCACAGAGCCUCAACGAGCUUGAUUACCUGUCCCAGGGCGUGGACUUGAGUGGCAUAGGGGUGAUUGAGAGCGAGCUGCUCCUUAUCAGUAGAGCUCGGCUGGAGGUGGAGAACCAGGCACACAGACUGCUGCAGCAGGGCAUUGAGAUUCAGAAUCCCACUCAGGUGGGCACAGCCCUGCAGGUGUUCCAUAACCUGGGCAGUCUGCGACAGACGGUGCUGGCUGUGGUGGAGGGGCACCAGAACAGUGUCAGGGACAAUAUCAGCUCUGCUCUGGAGAUCAGGGGCCUGACUCAGUCUCACACCAGAGGUGCUCCUGGUCGGGCCAUGCUCCCCAUGCCUGGGACCACGGCACAGUUCCGGGCCGCUUUAUGGACCAACCUGGAGAAGCUGAUGGACCAGAUAUGUGCGGCCUGCAGACAGGUACAGCAUCUCCAGAAGGUUCUGAUCAAAAAGAGGGACCCAGUCAGUCACGUCUGCUUCAUCGAUGAAAUCAUUAAGGAUGGGCAGCUGGACAUCCUGUGCAUCUUCUGGACUAAUGUGACGGACACGCUGAGCAAGGAGUUCCAUAGAGCUGCAGAAGCCUCGUCGUUUCUGAAGCAAGCGUUUGAAGGAGAAUACCCGAAACUGCUGAGGCUAGUCAAUGAUCUGUGGCGUCGCCUUCAGCAGUACAAUGGCAGCCUGCAGGGAGUGAUGCAGAGUGGCACAGAGCCUGGUCUGGACCUGAGCUCCACCGAGUCAGAGGGACAUGACCUCUUCACGUAUGCACAACAGGACUACAACCCAGAGAGAGCUCUGAAGGACUGCCUCCAGCAAUAUGAGGCGGCCUAUCUGUCCAAGUCUCUGUCGCGCCUCUUUGACCCCAUCAACCUGGUGUUUCCUCUGGGCGGCUACAACCCGCCCUCCACUGAGGAGCUCGACAGCAUUGUCCGCACCAUCAGCAGUGAGCUGAGUGUGGCCUCAGUUGACCCUCAGUUGUCCCUGUCUGUGGCCAAGAAUGCAGCCAAGACGGUCCAGCUCUUCUGUGUCAAGUCCGAGCAGCUGCUGCACACUGGGCCAGAUGCGACGCAGGUGAUCAGCCCACUCACUGAGGGCCAGAGGAGGAAUGUGGCAGUGGUCAACAGUCUGCAGCAGCUGCACCAGGCUCUCCUAAGGAUCCUCUCUGGUGUGAGCUCCUGUCCAGCUGUUGCUGUGGAGGCCCUCUCUUCAUCACUACAGAGUGUGCAGGUGCUGAUGGACAGUGCAAUGCAGCCUCUGCUUCAGUCUGUGAGCGAUUCCAUCCAGGCCAUCCUCCUCACCCUGCACCAGGAGGACUUUUCUGGAGGGCUGUACAGCACUGACAAGCCUGACGUGCCUUGCUCCCUGUACAUGAAGGAGCUGCAGAGCUUCAUUUCACGUGUGAUGGCUGAAUACUUCCAGCAUUUCCGUUGUGUCGACUUCAUCUAUGAGCGCACAGAAGGCAUUGCACAAGGUGCCAUCCAGAUGUUCAUCCGCCAUGCCAGCUUACUACGCCCUCUGGGGGAGGGUGGCAAGAUGAGGCUAGCAGCAGACUUUGCUCAGAUGGAGUUGGCCGUAGCUCCACUGUGCAGACGUGUCUCAGACCUUGGGAAGCCCUACAGAAUGCUCAGGUCCUUCAGGCCACUGCUGUUCCAGGCUUCAGAGCUGGUGGCAUCUAACCCGGCCGUGGGAGAGCUCAUCCCCUACAGCACAGUGCUGCACUUCCUUUUCUCCAGGGGGCCCCCAGAGCUGAAGGCCCCCCACCAGAGGGCAGACUGGUCCAUCGCACGAUAUGCAAAGUGGCUCGAUGACCACCCGUUGGAAAGAGAUCGCCUCACGCUUAUUCGGGCCAGUCUGGAGGCCUAUGUCCAGUUGGUGAGAGCCCGGCAGGGGAAAGAGUUUGCCCCCAUCUACCCCAUCAUGCUCCAGCUGCUGCAGCGGGCCAGCGCAACACCCGAUCCCAGAGCCUGACCAACCCACCUCUGAACACAAGAACUGGGUUCUUAAAGUGCAUUUGACAACAAAAAUUCAUACAUUUUUCUAAUUACUUGGUUUGGUGGGAUAGUACAUGCGCUAAAUAUUCAUCAUAGUUUUACAUGACUCAAGUGUCAGUUUGUCAGGAUAAGUAGAAAACUAAAAUUUGGAAAAUACAGGACAUAGUGGUGAGUUGUAAAACAGACUCACUCUGCAUUUUAAAUGGAGUUGAUGAGAGUCAAUUUACACACAAGGAAGGCAUUUUUCUGACUGUUUAAGCAUUCAAUAAAAUGUGCAAUUUUUU